AUGUCGUCAGGCGCCGGCCGAGAGGCCGUGUUCCCCACACGACAGAUGCUGGGCCAGAUGAAGAGCAAGCUCAAGGGCGCACAGACAGGACACAGCUUACUGAAAAGGAAAAGCGAGGCUCUCACGAAACGGUUUCGAGAGAUCUUGAAGCGCAUUGACGAAGCUAAAAGGAAGAUGGGCCGUGUCAUGCAGAUCGCCGCAUUUUCGCUGGCCGAGGUAACCUACGCUGUUGGCGGAGAUAUUGGCUUUCAAGUCCAAGAGUCUGUGAAGAAUGCCAGGUUCAGAAUUCGGACCAAGCAAGAGAACGUGUCCGGUGUCUUCCUCCCAGCAUUCGAAAGCCAGCAGAAAGAAGAGAUCAAUGACUUCGGUUUGACGGGUCUGGGCAAAGGCGGCCAGCAGGUCCAACGGUGCAGAGAAACAUACACACGAGCUGUGGAAGCUCUGGUUGAGCUAGCAAGUUUGCAGACUGCUUUCGUCAUCCUGGACGAGGUCAUCAAGGUUGUCAACCGCAGAGUCAACGCUAUCGAGCACGUCAUUAUUCCAAAGACGGAGAACACCAUCAAAUACAUCAAUUCAGAGCUUGACGAGCUAGAUCGUGAGGAGUUCUACCGGCUCAAAAAGGUCUCGAACAAGAAGCAGAGAGAUCAAGCCGCGGCAGAUGCUGAGAUUCGAGAAAUGCGCGAGAAGGAGAAGCAGAGCAACGGUGGCAAAGCUGCAGAAGAAAAUGGGGACGAGGGCGGAGGCGACAUCCUUGGCGAGCAAGGCGACGAGGAUGUCAUCUUCUGA